GGCAGCCCCGGCGGGCGGCGGCGGGCCCGGGCUGCAACCGGAGCGAGCCCCAUGCCCCGCGCGGGCUGACGGGCCGGAGCCCGCACGGAGCAGCCGGGCGGGACAGGUCCCGCUAGAGCGACAUGAUGGUGGAAUCCGCCUCGGAGACAAUCAGGUCGGCUCCAUCUGGUCAGAAUGGCGUGGGCAGCCUCUCCGGGCAGGCCGAUGGCAGUGGCGGGGCUGGGGCUGUGGGCACGGCUGGAGGCGGCGCCAGCAGGGACGCAGCCACAGGCGCAGACAGCAACGGCGAGAUGAGCCCUGCGGAGCUGCUGCACUUCCAGCAGCAACAGGCUCUCCAGGUGGCCCGGCAGUUCCUGCUGCAACAGGCCUCUAGCCUGAGCUCCCCGGGGAAUAACGACAGCAAACAGUCUGCCUCCGCCGUACAGGUACCCGUGUCUGUGGCCAUGAUGUCGCCGCAGAUGCUUACCCCCCAACAGAUGCAGCAGAUCCUGUCACCCCCACAGCUUCAGGCCUUGCUCCAGCAGCAGCAGGCACUGAUGCUCCAGCAGCUGCAGGAAUAUUAUAAGAAGCAGCAAGAGCAGCUCCACUUACAACUUCUCACCCAACAGCAGGCUGGGAAACAGCAACCCAAAGAGGCACUGGGGAAUAAGCAGCUGGCCUUCCAGCAGCAGCUCCUGCAAAUGCAACAGUUGCAGCAGCAGCACCUGCUCAACCUGCAGAGGCAAGGACUGGUCAGCCUGCAGCCCAGCCAAGCCUCGGGGCCCCUCCAGACUCUCCCACAAGCAGCCGUAUGCCCGACGGACCUGCCCCAACUGUGGAAGGGUGAGGGUGCCCCUGGGCAGCCUGCCGAGGAUAGUGUCAAGCAGGAGGGGCUGGACCUCACCGGCACAGCCACCACCGCUACCUCGUUUGCCGCCCCCUCCAAGGUCUCGCCUCCCCUCUCCCACCACACCCUGCCCAACGGACAGCCCACUGUGCUCACAUCUCGGAGAGACAGCUCCUCCCAUGAGGACACCCCUGGCUCUCACCCCCUCUACGGACAUGGAGAGUGCAAGUGGCCAGGCUGUGAGACCCUGUGUGAAGACCUGGGCCAAUUUAUCAAACACCUCAACACAGAGCAUGCCCUGGACGACCGCAGCACGGCCCAGUGCCGGGUACAGAUGCAGGUGGUGCAGCAGCUGGAGAUCCAGCUCGCCAAGGAGAGCGAGCGGUUACAGGCUAUGAUGGCCCACCUGCACAUGCGGCCCUCUGAGCCCAAGCCCUUCAGCCAGCCACUGAACACGGUCCCCGGCUCCUCCUCAUUCUCCAAGGUGACCAUCUCUGCAGCAGACUCGUUCCCAGAUGGUCUUGUGCACCCGCCGACCUCGGCUGCUGCCCCUGUCACUCCCCUACGGCCCCCCGGCCUCAGCUCUGCCUCCUUGCACAGCGGAGGUCCAGCCCGCAGGAGAAGCAGUGAUAAGUUCUGCUCCCCCAUCUCCUCAGAGCUGGCCCAAAAUCACGAGUUCUACAAGAACGCUGACGUCAGGCCCCCCUUCACCUACGCCUCCCUCAUCCGCCAGGCCAUUCUGGAAACCCCCGACAGGCAGCUGACCCUGAAUGAGAUCUAUAACUGGUUCACCAGGAUGUUUGCCUAUUUCCGCAGAAACACUGCCACCUGGAAGAACGCCGUGCGCCACAACCUCAGCCUGCACAAGUGUUUCGUGCGUGUGGAGAACGUCAAGGGUGCCGUGUGGACCGUAGACGAGCGGGAGUAUCAGAAGCGGAGACCACCAAAGAUGACAGGGAGCCCCACCCUAGUGAAGAACAUGAUCUCGGGCCUCAGUUAUGGAGCACUUAAUGCCAGCUACCAGGCCGCCCUGGCCGAGAGCAGCUUCCCCCUCCUCAACAGCCCUGGUGUGCUGAACCCCGGCUCCGCCAGCAGCCUCCUGCCCCUCAGCCAUGAUGACACAGGCGGCCCCGUGGAGCCGCUGCCCAGCAACGGCAGCAGCAGCCCCCCUCGCCUCUCCCCACCCCAGUACAGCAGCCACCAGGUACAGGUGAAAGAGGAGCCGACUGAGGUGGAGGAAGACAGGCAGCCCGGGCCCCCGUUGGGCCCCCCCAACCCCAGCACUGUGGGGCCUCCGGAAGACAGGGACCUGGAGGAGGAGCUGCCGGGAGAGGAACUGUCCUGAGGGCCUCCGGGACAGGCAGGGCUGGGGUGAGACCCCUCCCUCCCAGAACCCAGGCACCACCUACCCCCACUCCACAGCCCCUCCCGAACCUCAAAGGCACUUCCAGGACUCAGACGGGGAGAGGCCUGGGCCAGCAACUCCCCUUGUGACCUGACUGACAAACACGUGGGGGCAGGGAUAGUCCCCGCCCCCAUGGGGACACAGAACCCUUGGUUUGGGACCUGUAGAGGACACAGAAGGCCCAGACCCCUCCUCAGACCCUCCUCCACAUCUGAAUGCCGCCUUUCCCCGACCACCAGCAGCAGGGCCCUCCACCCCCACCAGCUUCACCCCACACACACAGGGCCCCUCAGCGCCAUGGAGACCCGCGGGCGGGGCUGUCACCCCUCUCAAACCCAGGGCCCCUCACCCCUGGCUCUGGCAGUGUUUUCUGGCCAGAAGUCCCCCUUCCCUAAUUUGUGUUCCCUUCCACCUUCUUUUCCUUCCGUACUGUGAAGAAAUAACUCUCCACCCCCAACUCCUACCCCUGCUCUGGCCUGGGUGGGGACUGAACUGUCACCAUCCCCAGAAGAAACCAGCCCCCUUGGCUGUUGGGGUGGGACAAGUGUGCCCUGUGGGGGUCCAUGUGAGCAGGACCACCUGGCUUCAGCCUCUUCCCCAGACCUGAGACAGGACCCAGGCUGAACUGGGCCCCCACCCCACCCCUGUUUGCUGGGUGCUCCCCAACCACCCCGCACCAGGGAGCACAGGAGGAGACCCAGUGCCUCCUGCCUCCUCCACAGAGAGAUCUGUGCCAGGUGGACUUCUGCGGGUGGAGCCGUGCCCCUGAGGCUGGAGUUGGGGCCAGAGGCGGUGCCUGGACUGCCGGGAAGCAUCCAGGGCACAGGGGAAAGGAGAGGCUGAAACCCAGCUUCACCUCCACCCUGGCCUGCAGGUCCCCCCACUGCAGUGCUCUCUCACCCUCCCUCAGCACACCUUCCCUGUCCCCCCAGUUAAACGGAUGACCAAAGACCUUUCUUAUGCCAGAAGCAAAAACCAAAACUUUUUGUUGGCUUCUUCCUUUGUCGCCUCCCAAACACCCUGCUCUCCCAG